UACCUACCCAGGUCCGUCAACAAGACAGUCUCGCCGGGCCCCGUGCUGACCUUUACUACAACCCUCUGCAUGAUGCUGCCGCCAGUCGAAGAGGCGGUGCUCCAGAGCAACCCAGGGUUCGCUGCCUUGUACGGCACUCUCACCACCGCGAUACUCAAUCCUGACGGCACAACCAGGGAUGACAAGAGCCACAUUGCAAGGCAGAGGGCCGCCGUUCGCGAGGAACUUGACACCCGUCGUCUUGUGUCCGCAAAACACCAUCUGCUAGCCCAGGCCGUCUCGGCAGCCGCGCCGGGGGCAUCGGAGCUACCGGGGCCUCUUUUGGACCUGUUGUUGCUCCUGCCCCCGCUCAUGACGGCCUUGGAGGAGCCCCCGCCCGACACCCUUCACCUGUUGCUGGCCAAUCCUCCCUUCUCGUCCCUGCAUGAGCACAUCCAGGGCCUCGCCAGCCUCGUCUCCUCCAGCCUCGUCUCCUCAGCUGUCCAGAUCUCUCGGGCAGCUUUCCCGGCCACAAAUCCCUCAUUCACCCACCGCCAGGUACCCUCACUUGCGCGCCGCAUUGCCGAGCUGUCUUCCCGGCUCGACCGACAAUCCGGCUCGUUGGCCGGCGCUCGUCUGGCUGCCACCAAUUCCCUCGCUCAGCUCCUUCAGAAGCAGACGGAGGCUCUGCUUUUGCUCGUCCGCUCGCUCGAGGCCAAACAUGGUGUUAUCGCCCGGUCCCUCGAGCACCGAGCCACUGGUGUCUCACUUGAGGCUCAGCUCGGCCAGGCCAAUGCUGAGGCGGCCUUGUGGAACGUCAGGAAAGAUGUCUAUAGUCCUGAGGUCCGCGAGGCCCUGGUGAAUUAUUCUGCCCACUUGCGGGAUUGCCGUUUGAGGCUCGGGGAAGCGAUGAGGACGGCCCAGGUUGAGCUUCAAGACUACGGUGUCGCUGUCGGUGGCCGUGCCGGCGAUCUGAGCAAGGAGCGCGCUCUGAGGGAGGCUGCGAGGGCUUACAGGGAUACACAGAGGCAGAUAGAGGACGCCUACAAUGACUUGAGCCGAUUGCGUUGACACGGCCCUGUCCAGAGUGGAUACGAAACGGGAGCAAACGGGAGCAAACGGGGCCACGGGAAAUCACCGGGACCUUGGUAUCGCUGCUCCUCCUCCCGAGGGUGCACGAGUGGCCGAUGUAGACGACAAUGGAUCGCAGCCAGGAUUGCCCACUGGGCUCAGGUAUCUAGGAUGGCAUUGGGCCCUGGUAUCUACCCUGACACAGCAGCUGGCCCGGUCCGGUGAGUGUCAGCAGCCUGCUACAGAGCCAGAGCACGUCACCCCGGGAUACUCCAGACCACAAACCAAGAGAGCUGGAGGUGAAAGGGGGAGUGGACUGCACAAGGGGUGUUUCGACUUAUGUUGGCAUCCCCCCCCCCCCCCAAUCCGUUGGCAACAUAGCCAUUGGGGUAAGUGUAUACUUGUCCCGGGUAGGAUCGGGGAAAAUGGCGAUGUUGUGUUGGUGAAAUUAUCGCCACGCGAGGGAUUGACGCAUGCCCUACACUCAUCCAGUUCUCUCUAGAGUGGAAAUAUUCGGCAGCCCUCGUUUCUCAGGACUGACCUGGGAAUGGCAGUGGGGGCCAUGUACCGAAUGACGUACUCACAGCACAGCCUCCCCGGGCAAAGACCUCCUUCAUGCUCGACUUAUCUGUAUUCCCUUACAGUAUCAGAUUACAGGCAAUGCGAAGCCAUUCCUGAGCAGUUCAAGCUCAGGCACUACACUAUGUGACGACGUGUGGUGCCUCUCAAACGUAGCUAAUGUCGACGUUCGUGACUGGGAUAGUAAUCCAGGUUUUGCACAAAUUGAGCUCAAAUAGAGACAAAUCACCGGUGAUGGACCUUGGACCCUUGGGAAUGUCUUGAAUGCAGUAGUCAGUGCCGUCGACGGGCUUCUGCGUGGCGGGAGUCAACUGAGUAAUGGUGUCCUCGAUGCCAGGGUUGACGUUGCCGGUGGCGAUGGUCGUGAAUUCCUGAUCGGCAGGAGAGUAGG